GUUCGUGCGAACUAGAAACGACGCGUGUCUUGUUGCAAGUUAGUAAAUUAGGUAUAAUUAUGGCUACAGCAGUAUUAGAUGAGUGGACUGAAGAAAAGUGUUUACAACUGAUACGAGAGUUUAGGAUGAGACCCAUUCUAUGGGACCAAAAAGAUCCGUUUUACUUUAAGAAGAACAUGAAACCUAAAGCUUGGCAAGAAAUAAGUGACAAAAUAAAUAUCUCUCCGGAUAAAUGCAAACACAAAAUGAUUAUUUUAAUGUCAUCUUUUAGAAGAGAAAAAGCAAAAAUAAUGCACAGCAUGGCGGAUUCAUCAGAUACUUCUCAGGCCUACAAAAGUACAUGGUUUGCGUUUAAGGACAUGGCCUUCUUGAUGGAUAAAGACAAUGAAAGAAAACGACAAUCACAAAAUUGCACUGAUGAAGACGACGAUGAAGAUUGGGCUAUUUCUAACUUUCAAAACAAAUUGUUGAGAAAUCAUGUGGGCAUACCUAUACCAAUGAGAAAUCGAAAAUCACUGGCUUACAAACAAGAUGUAUAUCAAAAAGUGUUAGAUUUAGUUCAAGACGAUGAUCACCCGACACACCCUACACCAGGUCCCAGUCAAACAAUAGAAGAACGAGACGAUGAGAUCAAAUCGUUCCUUUCAUUCAUAGGAAAUAAGAUGAAAAGGUAUACAGACGAGACUAAAAAUGCCGUCCAAAGAGCAAUUUGUGAAGUUAUUUUUAAGGCUGAUCAAAAUUUUUAUGAAUCAAACUGUACUCCUAAGUACACUAUUAUAGACAACACCGAGUCUGAUCCUCUGCACAAGGAAUUAUAUGAAAUGCAAACCGAGGCAGUGAUAAAAGUACAAAACGAAUCCGAUGAGGAUGAAAUCAGUAAUUAG